AUGGAGUUGAUGAACCAUGUGUUUCAUGAUGUUUUGGAUAAAUAUGUCAUUGUCUUCAUUGGUGACAUCCUGAUCUACUCCAAAAGUGAAGAAGAGCAUCCAGACUACCUCCAUCUAGUACUGCAGCAUUUGAGGGAGAAGCAACUAUAUGCCAAGUUCAGUAACUGUGCAUUUUGGCUACAACAGAUGGCAUUCCUUGGGCACCUUGUCUCUGCUAAGGGAAUUGAAGUUGUUCAAGGCAAGGUCAAGUCGGUAGUUGAUUGGGAGACUCCCAAGAAUGUGGCAAAUAUUCGCAGUUUCUUAGGCCUAGCCGGCUACUAUAGGAGAUUUAUAGAGAACUUCUCGAGAAUUUCAGCUCCAAUGACUCGACUAACCCAGAAGGGAUUGAAGUUCGAGUGGCCAGAUGAAUGUGAGAAGAGUUUUCAGGGGCUGAGGUAG